AUGGGUAAAAGAAAGUCCUCGACGCGUAAACCAGCAAAGAAGAUCAAGCAAACGUUAGAUGUGCAGUUUACUUGUUUAUUUUGUAAUCAUGAGAAGUCAGUAAUAUGCACGUUAGAUAAGAAAAACCUUUUGGGGGAGUUGCAUUGCAAAAUAUGUGGUCAAAAUUUUCAAACCGCAAUACACAGCUUGAGCCAGCCUGUUGAUGUAUAUAGUGAUUGGAUCGAUGCUUGUGAGGAUUUGGCCGAGGAGGCAGAGAAAAAUGGAUAUGAAGGUGGUGAUCACGAUAGAGGUGACGUAUAUUCUGACGAUGACGAUGACGAAGACAACAUUGCUCAAGGUGGGAGAGAGGUUGAUCCGGUACUAGGUUCUGAUGGAGAUGACGAGGAAUUUUGA